GUUUUUACAUAUAUAAAGGGAAAUAAGACAUGGAAAACCAAAAUAAAGUCGUAUAUAAAGAGAAGUUGAGUGAAUUCAGCUAAAAGGAUACAAACGCUUUAAACGUAUCUAAGUGAAGAAAAUAGUUUAAAAAAACAAACUUUAUUUACAUGCACUAGAUUGUUCAUUUCGUGUACUUAAUUAAUACUUCUUACGGUCAUCAGUUAAAAACAAACUAAGUGCAAGGACACAGUUAUUGGUAAAGUAUAUCACAUUUGAAAAUGGUGAAGAUUUUGUGCACGAUACUGUUGACAGUUUUUCACAUCUCUUCAGUGAUACUACACCCAGCUAGGCCCAACUUGCCACUGUGUACUGAAGAAAAGGGAAAGGGACGCGAGAUUCAGUUGCACUGCAUUGUCUUCUCGGGACAAUUUCUAGAUUUCGAUGAAAUUCGGGCUUUCACCAGUUCUAGGCAUGAAAGUGAAAAAUUCAACGUGUCAAUCAACUGCUUCAGCGGCGGGAAAAUUCGUUUACCUUGGCCGUUUUUUGCGAAAAAUGUCGUGUCCCUUCAUGUUAGAGACUGUGUAAAUGAAGGCUUUCUUUCCGAGCGAUCGCAGCCACAGAUUUAUCCAAACGAAUUACAGCAGGUGCUACUGUCAAAUAUUAAAAACAAAAUUGAAAUGAUAGAAUUGCAUAAUGCCAUACGUAACAUUAAAAAUAUGUCAAAAGAUUAUGACUGCGGACAUACAAAUGCAUCAGUAAUGAUUUUGAGAAAUAUGGCAUACGUAUUUCCACCGUUUACAGGCACAGUAAGUGAACUUAUAUUGAUGGAGGAACUCAUGUCGUCAAUUACCGUAAAAGAAUUAAUGUUACAUAAUUCUGACUGCCGCUACGAGAAACUACGUUACUUAGAAGAGAGCGGAAGUAGGAGUUUUUCCGCCUUCCACAUGAAAUUAAUGGAGAACAGUCAGUACCCUCGUCUUGGAGUGUAUUCUCUACGUAACAACAGUCUUGCGUCAGUUCCGCCGGAACUUGAAAAUAUGAGAUCCAGCUUCCUGCCAAAAUUGUCUGUCCUUGACCUUUCUGACAACCAAAUCACUGCCACCAAUUUUGCAUUCUCUAAACAGAGUAAGAACAAAUUACUGAUUAAUUUGAGAAGAAACCUAAUAAGAACGAUCGGCAAGAAUCAGUUGAACCAGAUAUUGAACUCAAAAGGUGUUAUUUUUGAUAUUCGUGAAAAUCCACUUGAUUGUUCGUGUGAACUAUUUUUGUAUGGAGAUUAUCUUUCCGGUAUGCCCGCCAGUACUAUUGCAUAUGCCGUCUACAAAGAAACAACAUGUCAGUAUGAACAUGAUGGGGCUUUACAACGUCAUUUCUUGUCUGACAGAAUGCUUCGUAAUGUUAUAUGUUCUGUCUGAAAAUGAUACACGAUAAUAUGUGUCGCAAAAUUAAACUCAGGGGUUAAAUAAUGAAUACAUAGCUAAUUCUUAUUGACAACUUAGCAUAUUAAUCCAUAUAUGCAAUGUUUAAUGCUAAAUAUGGAUAAAUAUUAUGAAAUGUAAUAGUUACAUUAGCUCAUUAUGUUGACAAAGACAUGCUUAUUGCUAAAUAUAUUUCAUAUGCUUUUAUAUCAGUAGGUUAGCGUCAACAUCCAUUAAUAUAUAAAGGUAGUUUGACUUUUUGCGGAGAAAUGUUUAUCCAUUUAAUAAUUAACUGUGAUUUUAAUUCCGCUUUUUAGUUUUUUUUUUAACAUUUGAUAAAUGUACAACUAACUAUUGUAUGAUUGUAUAUUAUAUGUUAUACAAAUGCCUGUCCCACUCGAUAUUUUAUUAAAUUAUUUAAGUAAAUAAGAAAAUAAAUUAUAAGAUAUCAUAAUUGUUAUUUUGUUACCUUUUGAAUGUGGUACGUGUGGUGUUCUUGCUGAAUUACCUAGAAAACGGCGAGAAAAGUAGACCAGACGCCAUGCGUAUGAUUACCAUCGGACCCCUAAACCUAUAUUUAUUUGUUUAGUGAAAUAUUUCAACUGCUGUACCACUUUCCCUGGUUUUCCUUUUUUUUAAAAAAAACAUCUCCUUUCCCUGUUCUAAAACAAAGCGCUUAGUUGGAAGUAUAACAAACGGAAAGACACUGCAGAUACCAGCAUUUUCACUAGCCAUCCACUGUCGGCGUUGUUUGUAGAUUAUUAGUCGCUACCGGUGAAAAUGUGGUAUAAUGUGAACAAGCUUAGCUUUGUAAAAAAAGCUAGUUU